UCUAAUUAAGACUUAGCUGCCUGAUUAAAAAAAAAUUCUUGUUGGCGGAGUAGUUAGGCUUUUAUAACACAUCCAGUGAAGUCUUAUUGAGCGGGAAGUAACGACAUUCACUUUCAUUAUCACGGACCUCGUAUCAUUGAAAAAUAUGGCUGCCGCUUGCCUCCACAAAUCUCCAUUAUCAGUCAUAAAAAGUCUGUAUGAUGAAAGUCCGGAAAUCCUACACAAAUUAGAAGACAUUGGAAAUUAUUUUAGAACCAUUUUAGAUAAUGAUUUUUCACAGAUACCUUGUAUCAACAAUGUUUCUGUGGAAAAUAUCAAACCAAAUUCAUUGGUGCGAUACAAAGGGAUGAUACAAGACAUGUUUGAUCCAGAAUUUUACUUAGGAAAAUAUGAAGUUGUAAAUAAAACCAAAAACGAAAAGGAAGAAAGACUUGGCUGUUACACUGAUUGUCAUGGCCUAGCGGAUGAAGAAAUUGAUUUUAAUUCUAUGAAAAAUAUAACAUUAGAACGACAAACAUACUACUGUGUUCCUGUUCCUGGUGAAAACGAAUGGAUAAAAAACAUGUACUCUAACAAGAUAAAAGAGAAGGAGAAGACAUUUAUGUCUGGUUCUGUUAAUAAGCGUUCACUUGAACAUGAUUGUGAAGAUGAUAUGCCCAUGGAUCAAGACCCAACUCAUGCGGAACAAAAAGAACUUGUGUCUGGUAAAAAACUUAAAGAAGCCGAAUGUACAGAGAAAUUAGGUUUAAAAAAUACAAAUUAUUCAUCAUCGUCGUCGUCAUCAAACAACACAAACAAAACUGAUUUUGUGAAAAAUUUUCCAUUACCUUGUGAAGACGAACCUCCAUGUUUCAUCAAGAUGUACAGUAAUAGUAAUGAACUGAAGUUGAAUGAUGUUGUCGAUUUUAUAUGCAUUUUAUCAGUUGAUCCCAUCUUUGCUUCUUCUUCAAUGAGUAAUGAAAAUAAUGAAGAGAUGAUUGCAUGGCCAGAUCAUAACACUGUUGAGGAUCAAGCUCACUGUCCACCACCCUCACUAGUACCCAGACUUCAUUGUCUGUUCUUUAACAAAGUGGAAAGUUUAAAUCCGCUUAUGUUGUCUCGUGGUCCCAUCUAUGAUAAUGUAUCCAGUGAGCUGUCAAAAAUACGAUCAAGUUUAAUACAGUUGUUGACUCAAAUCUUUGGUGGAGAUGCCACCGUAGCUGAAUAUAUUCUAUUUUAUUUAAUUUCCAGUGUUUAUGGACGCUGUGGUACCAUGUGUGUGGGGAAGCUAACAAUGAACAUUAUGAAGUGUCCAAGUGGUGAAUUCACAGAAAAUGUGUACAAAUUUAUAGAAAUGUUGGUGGAAAAGAGUCAUUACUUACCUUUGAAGCUGGAAAUUUUAAACAAUCUGAAGUUUAUUCCAAGAAAAGAUUAUGAUGCUAAUAGAUUGGUGACUGGCUUACUUCAGUUACCUUCAGGACUUCAUAUGGUACUUGAUGAAACGAAAAUGGAAAGUGGAAAGUUGGAUAGUGAUGGUGUCCACAACUUGACAGCAAUUGGAAAUGUUAUGCAAUGGCAAAAAGUUGAAUAUGAUUUUAAAUUUAACAAAGUGGAUAUCGACACGAAUUUGAACGUGUUAGUGAUGUCUGAAGGCAAGUCAAUUCUAACAUGCGAUUGCCAACUACCGAUAGUGUCUGAUGACUUGAACGCAGACCAAGUAGAACGUGUAAUAUCUUCAUUAGCACCAAAGCUGCUUGAAAAAAUGAGAUUGUAUUUAUCAAUUGUCAGCUCCAUGGAAUACAAUCUUACAGAUGAGAUACAGAAGGCACUUGAGGACGAUUUUGUCGAAAUGCGAAAGGAUGAUUCCAAAUCAAUAAAUGCUGAUUCGUUUUAUCUUCUCCUAACUACAGCAAGAUACAUGGCUUUAAGUUACGGACAGAGCACGCUCUCCUCCUCACUGUGGAUUCGGACCAAAGAACUGGACGCUGAAAGAAGGAAAAGAAUCUCAUAAGUUUGUGAUGUUUAGCGGAGAAGAACACUGACGAACUCCCGCAAGAUGAUGUGUGAGUGUAACAUCACUGAGUUUUGACACCUAUUUUUAGCUAAUGACGUAUGCACUACCGCCCUGUACAUCAAUACUGUAUAUGUUUAAAAAAAUAGUAAGAACGAAUUA